AUGGCAGCAUCACAGCCAGGGCAUUCCCUCAAGUACGACCCCGAGUUUGGGGCGUUUUGGGCAAAACUUGGCGGUGCAGUCCAACCGGCACCCGACCAGCCGAUAGCUGAGCUACGUGAAGCCAACGACGGCUUCAUGCGUGCUAUGUUUGCUCAGUUCCCAGCGCAGCCUCACGUCGUCAGAACCAAGCACACAACUAAGUCAUACGAUGGCACCGAGGUCGAUGUCUACCGGUAUGCCACCGAGGAACAGAGAUCAAGCAAGACGCCACUACCGGCAGUCUUGCACAUACACGGCGGAGGUAUGAUGGCUGGAACCGUUGAUAUCUUCGCACCUUAUAUCGCUGGCCUUGUCAACGACACGGGCGUCCAAUUCUUCGCUGUCGAGUACCGCCUCGCGCCCGAGCACCCCGACCCUACUCCGAUCGAAGAUAGCUAUGCGUCCCUAAAGUGGCUCAUAGAGCACGCCGCCGAAUUCAAUGUCGAUGCCACACGGCUCGGUGUUAUGGGCGACAGCGCUGGUGCCGGUCUUGCAGCAGGGACGGCGCUCCUAGCUCGCGACCGUGGCUUAAAACCUUCUCUAAAGAAGCAGAUCCUUAUCUAUCCCAUGCUUGACGACAGAACCAUCACAGCCUACCACGCUCCCGACUACAAGAAUCCACUAAAGGAUUUCGUAGUCCUCCCCACAGACACUCUCAUCCGCUGCUGGGAGUUCUAUCUUGGCAAGGACAAAGCGGGCAAGCCCGAAGCCGAUGUAAGCCCUUAUGCAGCGCCAUCGCGAGCAAAGGACUUAAGUGGACUCCCCCCUGCAUAUAUCGAAGUCGGCAACCUCGACUGGUUCAGAGACGAGUCGAUCGACUACACCACACGAUUGACCAACGCGCACAUUGAAGUUGAAUUCCACAUCUUCCCUGGUGUACCUCACGGGUUCGAGGUAGCUGGUCCCAUCAGCACGACCAAGAAAGCUGUUGAGCUACGAACUAAGGCCAUACAAGACCUGUAA